GAAAAGUAGUGCGUAUAAAAUAGGUGUUUCUAGUAACGAAUGCUGUACGAACACAUGUUAUUAACGGUACAAACUACCACUGUAAUCAGCAUUUUUAGUAGAUACGGCCGUUAUCAUUCUUUUGCGUUCUGAGCGUAGGAAUAUUGAACAGAACGUAGUAAACUCAUCUGUGAAGUCUGUGAAGCAUGUCGUUUGACGCUUUCCGUCGCUUUGAUUCGUAGCGUAAGGCGAAGUAGUAGUUCGUGCUCGUGGUGUAUGCAGAAUUGCAGUUUACUUCUAUGUAUUUCUUAUAACGUUUAAAUAUUUGUAUUUGAAUGCGUUAUUACAGCUACGAAUAUUAAAAUGGGGCGAUCGGAUCGAAGAAGUGAUCGUGACAGGGACAGAGAUAGAGACAAUUACAGGGACCGAGACAGGAGGAGAGACCGAAGCCGCAGCAGGGAGCAUUACCGUGAUGAUCGUAGAGGAGGGGGAGGAGGUAGCAGUGGUCGAGGUCUGAAGGGGCGGCAACCUGGUGGUAGUCUUAGGAAACCACACUGGGAUUUGAGUCGCUUACAGCCAUUUAGAAAAGAUUUCUAUGUUCCACAUCCAGAUGUUGCCAACAAACCACAGCAUGAGGUUGAGGAAUACAGGAGUUCAAAAGAAAUUACUCUGAAAGGACGCAGUAUUCCUAAUCCUGUGUGGACAUUUGAUGAAGCUGGCUUCCCAGAUUAUGUUAUGAAGGAAAUCAGAAAACUGGGAUUCAAGGAACCUACAGCAAUCCAAGCACAGGGCUGGCCAAUUGCUCUCAGUGGCAGGGAUAUGGUUGGGAUUGCGCAGACUGGUUCCGGAAAGACAUUAUCUUACACGCUUCCGGCCAUUGUGCAUAUCAACAACCAGUCUCACCUGGCUCGAGGAGAUGGUCCAAUUGCUCUGAUCCUUGCUCCCACACGUGAGUUGGCACAGCAGAUACAACAGGUUGCAAAUGACUUCGGUGCUUCGUCUCAGAUCAAGAAUACGUGUGUGUUCGGAGGAGCACCUAAGGCUCCACAGGCACGGGACCUGGAACGGGGAGUGGAAAUAGUCAUAGCAACACCAGGACGACUGAUUGACUUCCUGGAGAGUGGCAAGACAAAUCUCAAGAGAUGCACAUACUUGGUUUUGGAUGAGGCAGACAGGAUGUUGGACAUGGGGUUUGAACCCCAGAUCCGGAAAAUUAUUGAGCAGAUUCGGCCAGACCGACAGACACUGAUGUGGUCUGCCACAUGGCCAAAAGAGGUACGCAACCUGGCGGAAGAAUUCCUGAAGGAUUACAUCCAGAUCAAUGUGGGGUCACUACAGCUGUCUGCAAAUCACAACAUUCUUCAGAUCAUUGAUGUGUGUCAGGAGUACGAGAAGGAACAGAAGCUUAGCACACUGUUGAAAGAAAUAAUGGCAGAGAAAGAAAAUAAGAGCAUUGUAUUCAUUGAAACAAAAAGGAGGGUUGAUGAAAUCACUCGAAAGAUGCGCAGAGAUGGGUGGCCAGCUGCAUGCAUUCAUGGAGACAAAUCUCAGCCUGAAAGAGAUUGGGUGUUGCAGGAAUUUCGAUCUGGCAAGUCACCAAUUCUUGUGGCGACAGAUGUUGCUGCUCGUGGUCUAGAUGUGGAAGAUGUCAAAUUUGUCAUCAACUUUGAUUAUCCAUCAAGUUCAGAGGAUUAUGUGCACCGUAUUGGACGUACAGGUCGCUCUCAACGCACUGGUACAGCUUAUACAUUCUUCACACCUGGCAAUGCCAGGCAAGCCUCAGACCUAGUGGCUGUUCUUAGAGAGGCAAACCAAGUCAUCAACCCAAAGCUGUAUGAGAUGGCAGAAACAUCUAAAGGGCUUGGUGGGAGAGGGAGGAACAGAUGGAGAGGCAGAGAUCGAGACAGGGAGAGUUGCCGUGAUAGGGAUCGAGACAGAGACAGAGACAGAGAUCGAGGAGGGCGAGGAUAUGGAGGUCGCAGUCGUUCCCAUAGCCGCAGCAGGAGCCGAUCACGCAGUCGUAGUCGUGGGGGCCGUGACAGGAGUCGCAGCAGAAGCCGUAGCAGAGACCGGCGCAGAGACAGAACAAGAAGUCGAAGUCCCAGAGACCGACGAGAUGAUCGAUCAGGCAAGUUGGAUGAUCAACCACUGUUGCCUCAGCAGAUGGCAUUGCUAGGCAUCCACACAGCCAUUUUCCUGCCACCUCCUCCUGUUACAAAUUUCCAUGAUGUCCGUCUUCCUUGGGGGAACAGCAUGUCAUGCCACCAACUAACAGCACUGCCUAAUGAUGAAUAUGUGAUCGGCAAUAGCUACUGGAGCUCGGCCACGGGGGAGAGGUACAGAGGAGAUCGGGAGCAGUUGAAGAGUCGAUAUUGGGCAAACCAGCAGAAUAAUCAAAAUGGACAAAAUGAGAAGACAAAUGUAAAGGGAAAGCAGCCUGGUGAGAACCUGAAGAAACCUCAGUGGGACUUACAUAAUCUGCAACCAUUUCUGAAGGAUUUUUAUGUUCCUCAUUCAGAUGUUGCAAACAGGUCUCUUGAUGAUGUGAAAAAGUACAGGGACAGCAAAGCUAUCACUGUCAAAGGAAAUAAUGUCCCACCUCCAAGCCAGUAUUUUGAAGAAGGAAAUUUUCCAGAUUAUGUCAUGAGGGAAAUUCUGAAGCAAGGUUUCGCAGAACCUACAGCAAUACAGGCCCAAGGAUGGCCUAUUGCUUUGAGUGGAAGGGACAUGGUUGGAAUUGCACAGACUGGAUCGGGAAAGACUCUUGCUUAUAUGUUGCCUGCAGCAGUCCAUAUUAACCACCAACAGCGUCUCAGUCGAGGCGAUGGUCCUAUAGUCCUGAUUCUUGCACCAACACGAGAGCUGGCACAGCAGAUCCAGACUGUUGCUAGAGACUUCGGAACAUCUUCCCUUAUUCGUAAUACCUGCAUAUUUGGAGGUGCACCAAAGGGGCCUCAGGCUCGGGAUUUGGAGCGUGGUGUAGAAAUUGUUAUUGCUACUCCGGGUCGCCUGAUUGACUUCCUGGAGAGAGGAACUACUAACCUGAAACGCUGUACUUACCUUGUCCUGGAUGAGGCAGACAGGAUGCUUGACAUGGGAUUUGAACCACAGAUACGCAAGAUCAUUGAACAGAUUCGGCCUGAUCGACAAGUUUUGAUGUGGUCUGCAACAUGGCCCAAGGAAGUUCAGACUUUAGCUGAGGAUUUCUUGAAUGACUAUAUCCAGGUGAAUAUUGGGUCACUGCAACUUGCUGCCAAUCACAACAUAAUGCAGAUUGUGGAGGUGUGUCAAGAGCAGGAGAAGGAGAUGAAGUUAUCAAAACUGCUGCGAGAAAUUGGAGUGGAAAGGGGAAAUAAAAUGAUAAUCUUUGUUGAAACUAAGAAGAAGGUCGAUGACAUUACGAAAGCCAUUCGACGAGAAGGCUGGCCUGCUAUCAGUAUUCAUGGUGACAAGUCGCAGCCAGAGAGAGAUUAUGUCUUAACUGAGUUCCGCAAUGGAAAGUCACCAAUUUUGGUUGCAACAGAUGUGGCUGCUCGUGGGCUGGAUGUCGAAGAUGUGAAGUAUGUCAUAAAUUUUGAUUAUCCCAACACAUCAGAAGAUUACAUACAUCGCAUUGGGCGCACAGGGCGCUGCAACUUGAGUGGUACUGCAUAUGCAUUUUUCACUCCGAACAAUGCACGCCAAGCAAAGGAACUAAUAGCUGUCUUGGAAGAGGCGAACCAAACCAUCAACCCAAAGUUGGCUGAAUUAGCUAACAUUGCGAGGUCCACUUUUGGAGGUAAAGGUCGGAACCGCUGGAACAACCGUAACAAGGAGAAUGGUAACUCUGUGUCAAACCAGAAUGCUGUACGCAACACUGGAUCUAUUUGGAGCCAUGAACGUUCUCAGAAUUCCAGCACUCAGGAAUACCGUCAGUCAGGAUCAUCCAGGUUUUUGAGUGGCAAUAGCAGCAGUACAAGGAAUGGAUCUGAUAGCUACAGGAGUAAUGGGUACAGCCCGCAACAGAAUGGAUAUGGCCAGCAGAACAGUUACUCACAGCAGAAUGGAUUUAACCAGCAGAAUGGAUAUGGACAACAGAAUGGUUACAGUCAACAGAAUGGUUACAGUCAACAGAAUGGAUGUUCAGGUGCACGCUCAUAUGGUGGCCAGGGUCCACGAGGAGGAUAUCAGGGCCAAAGGUUCAGUAAUCGUACUCAAAAUUAUAAUGGAGCCCAGGCAUCAGCCUCCUCACCUCACCAAGGGAUGUACACAGUGCCUCCCCCUUUCAUGCUGCCCAGUAGCACUGAUGCCAAUAUGCAGAGCAUUCUGAGCAACAAGUUCUUCCAGUCAACACGCCCACCUCCCCAGGCUAAUGCCUGUGCCUACCAGAGCAUGGCUGCAAAUGCAUUCAGUCAGUAUCAACCCAUGCCGUAUGCAUACAGCUAUGGGCAACCAGCUGCUGUACAACAAUAAGCCCCUAACCCAUCUACCUAGGGUGAUCUUGCUUGGUUUAUAUUCAUUAUUCGCUGUUUGAGGUGCAUAAAUAACUUUUUUGUUUUGUUUAAUAUCUUUCACUGUAGCAAGGAUUCCAGUUAUCUUAAAUAUUUAAUCUUAAUAUUAUUGGUGUGUGGGAAAUAAAUUUCCUUUUUAUUUCAGUAUUUGCUGUUUUGAGAAAAUUGAAUGGUCACAUUCCACUUCAUUUUGUUUUCUGUCACUGUAACUGUAGCGUUCCAUAAUAUUUCUGUAUGCUGUGGAGAUGCACGAAACAUUCAGAAGGGGGGUGGGUUAGGGGAAAGUAUUUCAUUUUAUGUAAUAAUAGGCCAUGUCAUGGUUCUGGCAAAGAGCACAGAUAGUGUAUAAACAUUGUAUAUAAGAGUCUAAAUAUGGCAGAUAUUUAUCUACGUUGUCAGAUAGUGCGAUGGAUCUAUGCAGUCCUUCGUAGUAAAGUUCUCUUGUAUGCGUAUCAGAUCAAGUGCUCUGCGUUCUUUCCGGUGCCAAUAUCAUUAUUUAUUAUAACUUCCUGUCAAAGCAUCUGAAAUGAUAUGGAUGAGUAACGAUAUUUAUUUGCGGUAAGAUGCCGUAAAACGUGUGUGUUGAUGCUUUGUCUUUGUUGAUUUUUGUGUUCUGACUUUUCAGUGAAAGGUUGGUUGUCAGAUGUAAAUGUUCCUUAACCCCCUCAAGAUCUGUCCACCCUCAAGGGUCGUGUACAUAGUAGUCUGAAGAGUUCAAAUAUUGUAUAAAUUAUAUGUAAGUUAAGCCACUGAUUGUGGUUUAUAACUCAAUUACACUUUGUACUGUGAUAUGUAAGAUGUAGCAGAUAAUUUUAAACUUAAGCUGCAAGUCCAAGAGAAAGGUCGGUUGAACCACACACAACAACGAUGCACAGCAGUAUUUUGAUAAGGGAACAUAAUCUUUUUUAAGUGUAGUUCAUAUAGUAUGUGAUAUUUUCCUCAAAGACUGAUAAUUCAGAAAGGGAUAUAUUUUAAAUCACUUCUAUCUUAAGAUUUUACAAAACUAAUUAGUUGAAGCCCUAGAUCUUCAACAAAGUGUUUUGUAUGGACUUUUUUUUGUACCAAAUUACAUUGAUGCCUUGUGAUUUGUUUUACCUUGCUCAUGUUAUGAUUUCUGUUACACAAGGUGGACCUAAACUAGGUAACAGCGUUAGUGAAGUAUGAGAGAGAGUGAAUGGUUCACAGUGAACUGGGGAAGUCUUUCUCCGCCAACCUUUCUCAUUGGAAGACGAGCAAAAUGUUUGAGAGAGUGCAGUCUGUUAGAUUGUGCAAGUGUUUACAUUUGUCUAUACUCACUGUACUUUUGGAUACCAUGUUGUAUGGGAAGCAUGUAAAAUCAGCAGUUGCUGCUGUUGGUUUUUUGACCAUGACAGAGUAAUGUAUACAUAUUAUAGUGCGACCCUUGUGCACGUGAUAGAUUAACCUUCCUGGGAGUUGAGGAAGUAGCCAACUCUUCUGUAGGUUUCCAUAUAAGUGCAUUUCUUGUAUGUAAUACAGUAUUAUGAUAGUAAAGUAAUUAAUUACAGUA